ACAGGCAGUUUUCAGGACGCCCGCUCCGGCAUCAAACUGUUCAGGACCCUGAGCUGGCAACAUUAGCUAACAGGCUAACAGGCUAACAGGUUAGCUAGCAUCAGCUCAAACACAAACAAGAAGAUUCAUUAAAAUGACUGAAGUGAAAGUGAAGAAAGAAACGAACGUGACGGACUCUACGGAGGUGGAGAACAGGAUUAAAGAGCUGUGUCACCAGUUUCCUCACGGCAUCACAGACCAGGUGAUCCAGAAUGACCUCCCUCACCUGGAGCCUCAGCAGAGAGCCAUGGCCAUCAACAAGCUGCUCUCAUUGGGUCAGCUGGACCUGCUGAGGAACAGCUCAGGUCUCCUGUACAGACUGAAGGACUCGCAGAGCGCCGGGAAGAUGAAAGGUUCCGACAACCAGGAGAAGUUGGUUUAUCAGGUCAUCGAGGAUGCAGGAAACAAAGGAAUCUGGAGCCGAGACAUUCGCUUCAAGAGCAACCUUCCUCUGACGGAGGUCAACAAGAUCCUGAAGAACCUGGAGAGCAAGAAACUGAUCAAAGCUGUGAAAUCUGUGGCUGCGUCGAAGAAGAAGGUGUACAUGCUCUACAACCUGCAGCCGGACCGCUCCGUGACGGGCGGCGCCUGGUACAGUGACCAGGACUUUGAGUCUGAGUUUGUUGAAGUUCUCAACCAGCAGUGUUUCAAGUUCCUACAGAGCAAGGCGGAGGCAGCGAGGGACAGUAAACAGAGUCCGAUGGUUCAGAGGAACUCCUCCUUCGCCACUUCACAUGAAGUCUGGAAAUACAUCUGUGAGCUGGGAAUCAGCAAGGUGGAUCUGUCCAUGGACGACAUUGAGACCAUCCUGAACACGCUGAUCUACGACGGGAAGGUGGAGAUGACCGUCAUCGCUGCCAAGGAGGGAACGGUGGGCAGCGUGGACGGACAGAUGAAACUGUUCCGUGGUGUCAAUCCGGUCAUCCAACCCACCGGCCUCGUCAAGACGCCCUGUGGACUCUGCCCGGUGUUUGACGACUGUCAAGAAGGAGGAGAGAUCUCUCCGUCGAACUGCAUCUACAUGACCGAGUGGUUGGACUUCUGACAGCCGCUCUUUUCCCAGAGGAACCAGUUACUUUAUUUAGAUCCGCUCCUUUUUCUAUUUUUCACAAAGUGUAAUAAAUAUGUAAAUGUUGAAA